GGACCAUUUGUGGGAAUGGUGGUGGCUAUUCUGAUACAAACAAUAAGCCAAGUGGUAACCAAAAUUGCCCUCAAUGGUGGCAUUAACACAUAUGUCUUGGCUUUCUACUCCUACGCUCUCUCAUCUUUUCUCCUUCUUCCCUUCAUCGCCUUCCUUUUCCACAGGUCUCAAGCACCUCCUCUUAACUUCUCCUCCAUUUGCAGAUUCUUCUUGCUUGCCAUCUUUGGAAGCUCAGGGACUGUACUUGCUUAUGUUGGCUUAGAUUUAAGCUCACCGACAAUGGCCGCUGCCUUGCUGAACCUUAUUCCUGCUUUCACUUUUGUGCUUGCUCUCAUUUUCAGGAUGGAAAUAGUAGAUUUCGGAGAAAAGAGCAGCCAAGCCAAAGUGUUAGGAACAAUAGUAUCAAUUGGUGGAGCAUUUGUUGUGAUAUUCUACAAGGGCCCACCAAUCUUCAAGAAUCAUUCUUCAGCAUCUUCUUAUAAGCAGGUUUUGUCGUUAACACAAUCCAACUGGGUCCUUGGAGGCUUUUAUUUAGCUACUGAAUCUUUCAUUGCUUCACUUUGGUACAUUUACCAGGCAUCAGUCAUUAAGAGCUACCCUUCUGUAAUGGUGGUAGUCUUCUUCCAAAUUCUCUUCUCAACAAUUCUGUCAGCAAUAUUUGCCAUAAUUGUAGUUGCAGAUCUAUCAGCAUGGGUCUUAAGACUUGACAUGGGCUUGGUUUGCAUUAUCUACCAGGCAGUGGUUGCCGUAGUGAUUCGCUUCAUUCUAUACACAUGGAGUGUGAAGAAAGCUGGACCUCUGUUUUGUACAAUGUUCAAGCCUGUAGGAAUCAUUUUCACUGUUAUCAUGGGUGCACUUUUUCUGGGGGAUGAUUUUCACCUUGGAAGUUUGGUGGGCGCGGUUAUAAUUGUGUUGGGAUUUUAUGCUGUGAUUUGGGGCAAAGCUAAAGAAGAGAGGAAGGCUGAAGCAAGGUUUGAAAACCUGGAGUCAUCUUGCCAUACUGCUCCUCUGCUGCAAAACAAGACUUAACAGAUAUUGAAAUGUGGGAUGGGGAUCAUUUGAAGACGCUUAUGAAGUGUCCUCCAAGUUAGAGGGAGAUUAAAAAAGAAACUCUCUCUCUCUCUCUCUCUCUCUCUCUCUCUAUAUAUAUAUAUAUAUAUAUAUAAAUGGAAUGGCAGGCACAAAAGAUGCUAUCUUGUUCAGCAGACAAUUUUGGAAGAUCUGCAAGUUGCUGAUGGUAUGAAGUCACGUUCUCUUUUCACAAAGAGAAUGGGGCUAUGCUUAGGAAUGAAAUCAACUAAUUUGAUGUACUUCUGAAAUCUUGUAAAUAAUAAUUGAUUUGGGGAUGAUAUUAUAUAAAUGGUUGCUCAUAAACUGUAAAUGUUAGCUCCAGAUCUUAUUCGCAGACAGCCUUGAUGGCAAUAAGAACAGUGCAAGAACUACUGUUGAUUGUUGAUGAAUCAUGUAAAAAUAUUUGAACCAAAAUAGUUAAUCAACGAGUUGAUUUUCAGUUGUA